AUGUGGAAACCAAUAGAUAUCCCCUUCCAGAACUCCCAGCCUCUACCUACUCUACCUCCAACCGAAGAAAUUCGUGCCUGUACCAAUAUUUUAUGGGAGACCUCGGCCUCGAAGAUUGUGGCGAUAAAUGACGAUAUUAUUGUGAAAUAUGGAGGUUGCAUAAGAGUCCAGGAAGGCCAGGCUCUGGCUUACCUUGAACAAUAUACGGAAGUUCCAGCUCCUCGGCUAUACGCGAUGUACUAUGAUUCCGAAGAACUUUUCUUGAUUAUGCAACGUGUCCCUGGGGUACAGCUAGACUCUAUUUGGCCAUCAUUAGCGUCAUGUGAGAAGGAUGAUAUUAUCGCAAACCUGCACAUUAUAUUCGAUAUGAUGCGAAAUAUCGAGUGUCCAUGGCCUAACUUUUUCGGAGGCCUAGACGGGGGUAGUGUUCCUCACUACCUCUUCUAUAGCCAGUCUGGCGAUAAGAAAUUUCUAGGGCCUUUCUCUAGCGAACCUGCCUUCGUUGCGGGCCUUGUGAGUAAUUACAGAGCCUAUAUUGAACGCAAUAAUCACCCAGACUAUAAAGCUCGCUUUUAUGAAAAAUACCUCGCUCGCGUCCUUCAAGGUCACCGGCCUACAUUAACUCAUGGGGAUGUCCAGCAGAAGAAUAUUAUAGUCUCUGAGAAUCCAAGUCGCCAAAAUAAUCAAGGGGGGCGAUCGUUUGAUAUAGCUCUAGUCGAUUGGGAGAGUUCCGGCUGGUUUCCUGACUUCUGGGAAUUCUUUUGUGCAUCUUGGCUUCUUCAUUUCGAAUGGGACGAGGAGUGGUCCUGGCUACUCCAGGAAUUUCUUCCAGUAUGGCCUGCCGAGCUAGCCUUAAUGCAGCAGAUUGAUAGGGAUCUAGGCCACUAA